AUGUCAUCAGUCUGGCUCAACGAGAAAUCAAAGACCGUCGAGGGUCACACAAACACCGCCACUCUUUACUUCAAGGGCGAGAAGAUAGUUGGCCCCUUCUCCUGCCACGACAACACGGUCGACAUCCAGACCGCCCUCCGCCAGGUCGACGACCGCAUGGAGCUGCGACUGGCGAGGAAGGACAAGACGGUCGAGGGCCACACGCGCGCCUUCAACAUCAAGCACAACGGCAAGGAAAUCCUGUCCAACCACUCUUGCCACGAUAACAUGGAAAGCUUGGUCAACUCUAUCAACACCAUCUGGAAGAUUAUGCCUCCCUCCUCGUGA